AGCAACCUGGCACAAGCCACAAAGCUCGGAGUUGCCUCCUUCGCCCCAGUCACAAGUCGUCAUGGCAGAGUCGAAGGUCUUCGCUUUUGUUUUCGGCAUGGCCUCAGGUCACAUCAAUCCUUCCUUGCCCUUGGCUCGAAGGUUGGUGUCUCAAGGUCACAAGGUGCAUUAUCUGUCACGAGAACAGAUGAGGCCAGCCAUCGAGGAUACUGGGGCUACAUAUUGGUCCGAGAUUGAAGAAGAGCAUGAGCUCUAUCAUGGACGUGAGGUGGAUCUGAUGGGAGCCAUGUUGGCCUUGAAAAAGGAAGCUGGUGCUGAAUCGGAUCCCUUGAUGGUGGGCUUUAUGAAGGUGGGUCCCAAGUCCUUGGAGCUUCAACUUCCCGGAUGCAUCCGGUGGCUUCAAAAGAUCAAUCCCUCUGCGGUGGUUUAUUGCCCCAUGCUGAACCAAGAUGCUGGCUAUGCAUCGCAUGUUCUUCAACUUCCAAGUGUGGCACUCCUGACCACCGCAGGCCCAGGGAGCAUGGCCUUGGCUAUGCAAUUCUUCCUGGCAGGUCAAGAUCCCAAGGAGGUCGUGGAGCAGGCACGUGCCCAUGAGCCUGUGCUACAGAGCAUCCGCCACAUCAAAGAUACCUACGGCAUUGAACUGGAUAUCUUUAGUGGCUUGGAGACCUUCGGUUACCUUCCAAUCCUGAAAAAGGCGGAUCUGGUGAUGAUGACGACCACUGAAGAUCUUCAAGACCCAGCAUCACCAGAGCUCAUGGAACGCUAUGAGAAGGACGGUGUAAGCUUCGUGGGUGUUGGACCUUUGUUGGACCAGAAGGGUGCCAGACGUGCAGCUGGACACAAAUUUGAGCACGAAGCUUCAUCCAAGCCAUCCACGCAGAAGGUUGACAUUCUCAAGCAAGUGCAUGAGGCAAAAGAGGUAGGGCGCCCGGUGAUCUUUGCAUCCAUGGGAACCGUCAUCACAGGUGACAGUGAUGAUUUUGGGUGGAAUGUGAAGCCCCAACAGUCUUCUGGACGCCAGGGCCUGACGGGAAAGCAGCUGUGCCAAUCCGCCUUCAGCGCCGUUUUUGAUGCCUUUGGCGCAGAAAAGGUUGAUGCCAAGACGCCUUUGAUCGUGCUAGCCACGGGCCCUCAGCCAGAUGCCUUGGAGAACCUCCAGGUGCCUUCUAUUCUUGACCCAUUUUGGGCAGAACAGCUUCAUGAAAUCCUUGUCGUUGGGAGUUCCAAUGGUGGGUUGCCCUGGGGUCGCGGAUCAGCCUGCUAAUGCUCAGAAGGCUCAAGCCAUGGGCGUGGCAUUGCAGGUUGACCGACCUGUGCCCGUUGAUGGUGAAGAAGAAGCAGCCAUGGUGCAGUACCGCAAGGACGUGACUGAGGCCUUGAGGCGGGUCUUCGAUGAACCACAAUUCCGCCAGAGGGCAACUGAGGUGAGCCAAGGCAUUAGAGAGGCCGGUGGAGUCUCACGUGCAACUGAGAUUUUGUUGGACGUGGCCCACAUGGUGAAGUCAGGCCCGAGCUUGCCCAAGUUGUUGGGUCAUCACGAUGACCUAAGGAAGUCCAUGAAAGUGGCCUGCUGAGUGGCAAGCUCCGUUUUCGGCCCAAGAGAGGCCUCCUUUUAGGCGAGCUUGCUUUAGGAGUUCUCAUCGGAUUGAUGGGCUCAAGCUUGCUUGCCAAACACUGCGGGGAUAGUUGUGGUCCUUCUUGCUAGCUGACAUCGUUGCUCGAG